CAAGAAGAAGAAGAAGAAGAGAGAAGAAGAAGAAGGAACCUAAAUUGGCAGCUGUGUGUUUCUGGGGGAAGUUUGACGGGACAGCUCAGGUUGUAGUUGGCAGAAGUUGUAGUGAUUAGUCGUAUAUUGGAUGUUUCUAAAAUAUAUUCGACUGCAGGGUGUCAUCAUCUGAGGGGCGGACAUGGUCUCCACGGUCCUAAACACCGACGUGAAGCAGAAGGAUGCUGAUCGUGCAGUGGUCGUCGCAGUAACAUCUUGUGCAGUGUUUGAAUCCGGAGCUGAUGAUGGUGAUGAGGUGUACAAAGUGGGCACGGCGUUCCCACUGCUACAGGCGCUCCAGAGAGUGAAUGAACGUCUGCUGGAGGAGAAUCCUGCUGAGUCGCUGCUGUUUGAUGUCAUCCUGGUCACCACUGACAGGGAGCAGCAGCAGCAGAGCUCCCGCAUCAUCAGCAGCACCAGACAUUAUGGUCUUGAAGUCAGCAAGUUUUGUUUUUCCGGCGCAGAGGAUUUCAUCGAGAGUCUGCUGACAAAUAACGUGCGGCUCUUCCUGUCAACAGACAGAAACGAGGCGUCACAGGCAUCACAGAAUGGUGUUCUCUCGGCACUGCUGGACCAGAACUUGGCCUCCUGUCCAUCAGAGCAGCUCAGAGUUUUGUUCUGCGGAGACGCCGACAUCCGUUCCAACAUCAGCCCAAUGCCAGUGAGCCAACAGGCCACCCAGAGUUUCUCGGCUCAGCUGGGUGAGAUGCGGCAGCGGUUCGGCAUGUUCGACAGCCCUCUCAGCAUGGUCCUGAUGACGUCACGUGGAGGCAGGGAUAGCUGCUCCGCCGCCCUGCUCACAUUGCGGUCCCAGGGCGUUAGCGUGGAUGAGGCAUACUGCCUGGCCGGGGCACCUAGGGGCCCCAUUCUGUCCCUGAUCCGACCUCACUUCCUGCUCAGCAACGGCCUCAGUGACCUGGAGGAGUGAUGACAUCAUUAACUGUCUCAUGACUCGUGUCUUCCUUUAUUGUGUCUUAAGGACCAAAUGCCAAAUCCUCAGUCAGGACCAUUUAGUCUCUUUAAACCUCAGUGGUUGUGAAUAAGAGUGUUCUAUUACUGGUCUAUGCUUAUGUAUACAAAUAUCUAUUGCUCUUUAUUGCUUGUCACUUUAUUGGAAACUCAGUACUUUUGUCCCUGUUGAAAUGAUGCCUUUAAUUCAGUAAUCUGACUGAUCUGAAGUCAGACUGUAGACAAGUUUUAAUGUGAUUCUCUGAGCUGAACCUGCUCUCAUUAAAGUUCUGUUUAAUUUUCGAGAAUCCACACUGAAUGUGAAGAAGAUCAUUGUGGGAUUGUUGGAUGCUGUAAGAAAGUCGGAGAGUUGAUUUUUUGAUUUUAACAUCCUGUGUGAGGAUUGUAAUGGAAAAUGUUACCAUUAUACCACACUAUAUAUUAUCUCUGCUAAGCAUACUAUUUCUGCUUGUGUAGCUGCCAAGAGGACAUCAGGGCCACAAAACUGAGACUGUGCUCGUCCCCCCCCACCAAGAGCUCGAAGAAGCCUUCAGCCUGUGUCUGGGUUUUGGCUUGACCAGGAGGCCUUCAGCAUGUGUUUGUGUCUUAUCUCCUGGGAUUUUACUAUUCACUCAGUUCACACA